AUGGCGACAUCGUCCGAAUUGCCAAUUUCCUACGUGCCGAACUUUGAGGAAUACCAACUGCGUGCGAAGCGCAGACAAGCAGAGGAAGACCUGCCAACAUCACUGCCAGAGGGAUUUCCAGCUCAGCUUCACUCUCCGCUUGUCUGGGAAGGCAAUGACUUCUCUGACCCCUCCAGCUGGACCUACUCCCUCUCUAGUCCCGAGAUUGACGAGAUCACGUCCGCAUUGAGGCACUUCCAAAGCCUCAAACUGCCGCUGGGAUGCAUCACACCAGCCACCUUCCCUCUGCCAAACCUCCGACCGACCCUCCGCGACCUAUCACGAACUAUCCACUCCGGCCGAGGAUUCUUUGUUCUUCGCGGUCUUCCCGUCGAUCAAUACGCCCAGGAUGAAACUGUGAUUGUCUACGCUGGAAUAUCCAGCUACAUCGGAUCGCUCCGUGGUCGCCAAGAUUCCAAACACAAUGGCCAGCGAGCGGACGUCGUCCUAUCGCAUGUCGUUGAUCUGAACAAUGUUGCUGGCCGUCCUGCUAUUGGCUCCCCUGCCUUCACGGCUGACCCUCAAGGCUUCCAUACCGACACUGGUGACAUUGUAGGCCUGCUCAUGAUCGGCACGGGUGCGGCAGGAGGCAAGAGCUGUAUCGCAAGUACGUGGAAAAUCUACAACGAGCUCGCUUCUUCCCGGCCUGACUUGGUACGCACACUAGCAAGCGACUGGGCCAUUGACGGAUUCAAGCGAUCGUCAACACCCUACUAUCUGCGACCUCUCCUCUACCACCACCCUGCAACGGAUACUACCCCGGAGAGGGUGUCGCUCCAGUUCUCACGUCGCAGUUUCACCGGUUACGCUGCCUAUAAACGUUCAGACUACAUGCCGCCCGUGAGCGAAGCGCAGGCCGAAGCCUUGGACGCGCUACACUUUACCGCAAUGAAACACCAGUUGACAAUGCAGCUGGAAAAGGGAGAUAUACAGUUCAUCAAUAACGUGGCGUUGGUCCAUGCCAGAGAGGGCUUUCGAGAUGAGCCAGAGAAUCGUCGACAUUUGCUCAGGCUUUGGCUGAGGGAUGAGGAGUUUGGAUGGGAAGUUCCAGCACCGCUGAAGGGAGUUUGGGAAGGAGUCUUUGGGGGCAUGAGCGGGAAGGAGGAAGGCCAAGUGUUUCCGGCUGCUCCAGUAGUGAGGGGGGCACAAUAUGGGUUAUAG